AUGGGCAAGAAAAAGGCUAAUGUGCGGCCAGGAACUCCAAUUCCAAAUUGGAUAAAAACUGGAUUAAAAAAGGCGCCUGUUCCGGAUGUAGUCAAAUCUGUAGCGCAUGAAAGCGCGAGAGCGCUUUUUGCUAAAGCAGAAAAGGCCGCUAGCGGCGCGCCUUUUGCAACACUGCCACGACCGAAAUUGCCCGUUGUUUUCGAAACUCGAGCUGGAAAACGGAAGCGAGUUUCCUCCCCGCGCUACUCCCCCAACGCGACUCGAAUCUCUCCCGAAAAAAAGAAGCGUAACAUCGUCAAACGAUGUAAGAAAAAAGCGAUCUUGUGGGGUCAGAAAACUGCAAAUGCUGCAAAAGCAAUCGUCAAGCACCCUCCGAAAUUGACAACUUCCAUUUUGAUGGGUGCUUACACUGCCACUUUCGAGCUAACGCCGUCGAAAUAUAGGGCUUUGGAACAAGAGGUCAUUUCCGCGAAAACACCGCCGCCUCCCCUUCGACUCAAUUCACCAAAAACUCCGGCGCCGCCACAGCGAGUGAGUGAACUCCUUGCUCAGGAUAUAACACCGGUUGCCGCCCGCACUCCACGAAUCAUCAAGGGUCGAGGGGUUCUCGUUCCAUUCGGUGGUUUCAUGUCCAACGAGGAAUUCAUAAAGACUCAAGGGGCUAAUACUAUUGGAGAGGCGUUGGACGCUCUUCAUUACUCGCCAAAGCCUAUUGAUCGAUACGCAUUUGUGGUCGACAACCUCAAGGCCAAAUUUGGCGAACGCUAG